AUGACAACCGAGCUGAUGUCGUUGGUUCAAGGGAUAGACGAGCCCCUGAGGGAGUUCAUCACAAGAUUCAACAAGGAGGAAACAACCUUCCCAAAUAUGAGCCAGGAGGUAGCGCUACUAGCAAUGCAGAGUGGCUUACUACCGGGAUCACCGUUCAGAGCGUAUAUGGGGCGUAAGAGCCUCAAAACACUUGCUGAAGCGCUGGGAAAAGCGCACGAGUUCAUCAAAGCAGACGAGACUGACAGAGCAAUGCUGGGUAGAAAAGCACAUGGUGACUCAUUUAAGCGGUCAGAGGUCACCCGGGCAGAGAACCCACCCAGAGUGGACCAACCGAGCAGGGCUGAGCAAAACCGCAGAGAAGCGGACAGAGCAGUAGGACUGAGAAGGUGUCAUAUAUUCAGCGUAGAUAAAGCUGACGACAAGUGGCAGAGACCCCCGAGGAUGGUUAACAGGAAUCGUGAUACCAACAAGUGGUCUGACUUUCAUAGGGACCAUGGUCACACCACUGAAGAAUGCACACACUUGAAGGACAACAUAGAGGACUUAGUUAGGAGAGGGUACUUGAAUCAGUUUAAGCAGCACGAUGACCUUCCCAGAAGGAGGGAUGAGGAUAGAGCAGGCCUCCCCGACCGCAGAGGAGGUCAUAGGGGCCCAACCGGAGGCAGAGACAUAGAUGGCAGGCCAGAAGGCAGAGUGUAUGUGAUCAGCGGGGGUCUAGUACAUGGGGGAACAGUUAACAGAGCACAGGCUGACCUGCGGGCGAUGAUACAUCAAAUAAAUUACAAUGAUAAGCGUAGAUGGCCACCUCUUCCCCCGCAGGAGGUGGAUAGAAUACUGAUAGACGGAGGCAGCUCAACCAACAUCAUAUACAUUAGUGCAUUCAACGAGCUGAAUUUGGACAAAAAAGACCUGAAGUGGGUGAGCUACGAAGUCACCGGGUUUAACGGGUCGAGGCUUAGCCCAGAGGGUAUAAUCGAACUCUCAGUCCGAGUAGGGGAAAGAUCAAGAAGGCGUGAUGUCCGGGCAGAGUUCCUUGUGAUAAACUUCCCUUCACCCUACAAUGUGAUCAAGGGAAGACCGCUCAUCCACAAGAUAGGCGGGGUGGUAUCCACCUAUCACCUUGCCAUGGCCUACGCAAGUAAUGAGGGACGGUUAGCAAAGCUCAGGGGAAGUCAGAAGACAACCCAGCAAUGUUACAUAACUGCCCUAAAGCAGCCCGCAAAAACCAGACAUCAGCCUAGUUCUGAGAGAAGGCCCUCUGAGCAACCUGAGAGGAAGUCGAGGAAAAGGAAGCGUGAAGAAUAUCACAGGGAAAAGAAUAAACAGAAGUUAGCAAUGGAGAACUUCGAGCCUGCAAAAGAGGAAAUGGCCAGGCCACUUCCCAGUGGGGAGCAUGUCACAGUUGAGCUCACAGAAGGUGACCCCUUAAGGACGGUGGAAAUCGGGAAAGGCAUUGAUCCAGGAGUAGGGGUACACCUCAUAGAGAUAAUGAGCAAGAACAAAGACGUUUUUGCAAUUUCCGCAGAUGAGAUGCACGAAAUUAACCCAACAGUCAUGGUACACAGGCUGAAUGUGAAGGAGGAUAUUAAGCCAGUUAGGUAG